AUGAUGAUGAUGUCUCGGGUGCGCUUUCGUGGGACUUUCAUUGCUAUCAUGGAGAACGCCCGGCGCCAGAGUCGAGCAUCCAGCGAACCACCUGGCCGCUUGCGACCUACCGAUGAAGAGAUGCAGAGACGGGAACGUGUAUUACGCCGCUAUGCGGCCGACUUAGAACGCCGCGCAGUACUCCUGCGUCAGCCCAAUAACGACCCAGAUGACUCGGACGAGGAGAGUGUCUCAACGAAUACAGAGACAGUCUCUGUGGAUGACUUAGAGGACAGCGAUGAGACGAGCAGCGAGGAUGGCGAAGCAGCUACACCGAAGGAGAACCCCCGGCGCCAGACUCGAGCAUCCAGCGAACCACCUGGCCGCUUGCGACCUACCGAUGAAGAGAUGGAGGAGAGCGCCGCAACGAGUACAGAGACAGUCUCUGCGCAUGACUUGGAAACUUAG